AUGGAGGCUGCAGGGAGGACGCUACUUGACUUGGCCAAUUUGGCCAUUGGCACCCCAGAAGUGGGGGCGGUGAAUUUCACUGCUCUGCACACUCUCCUUCACACCAUCAUCAAGCACUUACACAUCCAGGAUGUUAGCGUCCAGCUCCCUGGGUGCACCGGACAGUACCCACCACCGCCACCAGGGGGAGUCCUGGAGGACAGGAUCCUGCACCUAGAGAAGCAGCUGGAGGUUCUGAACAACUUGCCCUCUGGAUUAGAUCUGAUUGCAAGGAGCACAUCCGGCCAGCAGGGCGGCAGCAGCGCUGUGGAGGACAUGUGGCAGAUGAUGAAGCUGAAGAGCAGGCUGGAGGUGAAUGAGGAAGGAGUGUGUAAGGCUAUGACCGUGCUGCAGGACCUCAUGCUGGAGGUCAACACCCUGAAAGAGUCACAGCGGGAGGUACAAGACCAGAUCCAGAAACUGCCUGACACUGCAGGGGUGAAGGAACUAGAAGAAAAAUUUGAAAUCGUCCAUAAGACUUUGGCAAUACGGCCAGAUCUUAAGGACCCCAUCAUAUCGGACACUAAACGGUCUCGGACACAAUGGUCGAGUCAGGAUGGAGACUCUGCUCUCCCUGUGGAGACCCUGCAUGGUCUGGCAGCGGGUACAUUGGAGGACCCUCGGAUAGAGGUGUACGGACAACCGCAGGAAAAAGACCUUCCCCAUGCUCACCCUGGGGCCCCCGUGCCUCAGAAUAAUGGGCUUAACUCUUCUAUGAGUAGCAUGGAUCCUACCGCGGCUCCUGGGUCACCUGGAGUUGCUCCGUCCACAUCUAAGGAGCAUGUCGUGCUUUAUGCAAGGCUGGACACACUGGAGAGAGACAAGGCCGACCGGGCCGAACUUGGACGUUUGCAGAAAAAUUCAGAUGACCUCGCCGCGACACUCAACCACCUGAAGAGAGAGAUUCAAGACUUGAGAGGAGACCCCCAUAAGUCGGACCAGCUGCAGAGAUCAGUGGACCCGUUCAGAACCUCACAACAUGGCCAGACGUUGGAGGAAACCAGCCUCAAUGCUACCAUCCAAGACAUUGAAAAAGAGCUGAAGGAACUGCGUGAAAGAGGGAAGCUGGAAAGAGCCGUCAUGGAGGAGACGGUGGCUGAUGAGUCUCUACAGCCGCAAGAUCAGGAAGGAGAACUGAUGGGUCACAACCAGAAAAGAAUGGCGCAGCUGCAGAAGGAGUGUGAACGCCUGACCCAAACAAUGGGAUCUUUAAUUCAGGACCUUCAACAGAAGCAACAACACAUUGAUGUCCUUUACCAGACGGUGGAGGAUCUUACCAAGAACAAACUAGAUGCAGAGCACAUUGGACCAGAGAUUGACGCGGAAGCAGACAAGAGUGCGCUGGAAAGGAAAGUGAGCCGCACACAAUUUGAUGCCACCACAGAACAUCUGAGCAGAAUGAUACAGGAGCUGCUUGGCAAAAUGAGCGCCCAGGAGCAAGACUGGCAGAGACUACUGGAGAAAAUCAGUCUGGAGAUGCAGAAUAAAUUGGACAGCGUGGAACUUGAACCACUGAAGAACAUCUUGGAACAAUGCUGGCGAGACCUUCACCGACAGCUGGAGGAACAUCCGCCGCAGUAUGAGGCCGACGAGGCUGCUGGUAUCCGCAAGCAGCUGCUAAGAAGAUUUCAAUGCCUGUCCUGUGACCGCACGGUGGACAUGCUGGUGCCCGGCUCAGAAAUAUUAACCAUCCCAAAUUUUCCUGGGCUACCAGCUCAUCGUUCCAACCGGCCAUACACUGUCUUUGAACUCGACCAAAUCCGUCAGCAGAGCCGCAGUGAUCGCUUACCGCAAACUAUUGAUUUUGGAUUUACGUCCAGCUCCCGCAACUGUGGAGGAAGUCACACAUUGACCUUCCCACAAAGACGUUACACUAGGCUGCAGGCUGGCACUCCAAGUGCUGCACAGAAGGAGGAUACUGUGGGCGGUUUGAAAGAUGUGGUUUUUAUGUUAGGCCAGGAUGGGAACAUCUAUCGUGGCAGGAGGGACUACCAAUUGCCAGCCAUAAGGAAUAAAGAUGGCAAGAGAGUAACAGUUGCUCAUCAGAAAAUUUGUGACUGUAACUUAAAGGGAGAAGAGAAUUUGAAUGGCUGUUCUUCAGUCAUGGCUUCUGAUAUUCAUUAUGGCGUUUCCAAAGCCCAUAUGAAAUCAUCUCUGGCAUCUGAAGAACCUUUGCCUUCCAUUAAGGACAGCCUACCGCCUGCGUGCACAUAAAGAGGCUGCAGUAUCUCAUGGGGUCCAUAUUCAGGUGUUAUAUGUAGAAUCAUCUGUAAUGAACUUCAGCCUCUUGAUGUAAUCCAGAGGUUCAACCUUCAAAAGCUUUAACACCAAGCAAUAUCCUUGAAAUGAAACUCUUCUUCUGCCCAAUCGGAAAGAAACCUGAAACAUUCACUUGUGAAUUUCGACUUCUCGGUGUUUUUUACAGAAACUGUGGUUUUCGUAAGGAAAAGAGGAAGUGGUAUAAUAUAAUCGAAAAUGAAAAAGA